AUGGUAAUUAUCAUUUUCGGGUCCAUUGGAUACGGGAUCCAUGUUGCAAAAGAGUGGUGGUCUCCACUUCCACCUGAAGUAUAUGAAGUUCUUUCUCCAUACAUUUAUCCUCCACUAUCAGCCAUCAGAACCUCACUAGUUGAUCCUGAUACUCCUAAAGACGCACACCAACGCAAAAGCUUCCAAACCGGCGAAAUGUGGGACUUGGUAUUCUCUGAUGAAUUCAAUGCCGAUGGUCGUACUUUUUUUGAGGGUGAUGAUCAGUUCUUCAAUGCCGUGGACAUUCAUUAUGCGGCCACCAAUGACUUGGAAUACUAUAUUCCCGACAUGGUGGAGACCAGCAACGGAAGUCUACGAAUUACAUUAGAUGCAUUUCCCAUCAACGGGUUGGACUACCGGUCGGCAAUGCUUCAGAGUUGGAACCAGUUGUGUUUUAGCAGUAAUGCUAUUGUUGAGGUGAGUCUUCGAAUGCCUGGGUACUCUCAGGAAAGCGGUUUAUGGCCAGCUGUGUGGAGUCUAGGUAAUUUGGCAAGACCCAGUUUCCAGGCCACUACUGAUGGAGUAUGGCCCUAUUCCUAUGAUGAGUGUGACCAUGGAAUCACUCCCAAUCAGUCUUCUCCUGACGGGAUAUCGUUCUUACCUGGUCAGAGAUUAAGCAAGUGUACUUGUUUGGGAGAAGACCAUCCGAAUGUUGGAGUUGGCCGAGGAGCCCCCGAAAUUGAUAUAAUCGAAGGAUUCCACAACGCUUUUGAUAAGAAAGGAGUUGGUGUCCAAACCUUACAGGUUGCUCCGUUCGAUUCCUGGUGGAGGCCAGAUUACGACUAUAUGAUGAUUGAGAAUCCAAAUAUCACAUCUUUGAAACCAGACACAGGAACCCCAACGCAAGAAGCUAUUGCAGCUGGAACCAUCAUGAACGAAAACUGGUAUGUUAACCAUCAAAAUACCACCGAUCCUGAUAGGCACACAUAUUUCCAGAAAUUUGGGUUUGAGUAUCUGAGUGCAAAGACUGCCGAGACUGAUAGUUAUAUUCAGUUUUUCGCAGCCAACUCACCUACUAUGUCCAUUAGAGGAGAUGCUCUUCAUCCUACCAAUAAUAUUGGGUGGAGGCAGAUCACCAAAGAGCCCAUGUCUCUAGUUUUCAAUCUCGGGCUUUCGGAGACGUGGUCGACGGUGGAUUUUGGUUCAUUGAAGUUCCCUGCCGUAUUUGAAAUCGACUAUGUGAGAAUCUACCAACAGAAAAACGACACCUCGAUCACGUGCGACCCAUAUGGUUUCCCGACCAGUGAGUAUAUAUAUCAGCAUUUAAAUGCUUAUAGAAACUUCAACCUUACAAGCUGGAAACAAGCAGGCUACAAAAGCCCCAAAAACAGCUUGAUGCAUGGAUGCUAUUAA